AGGCUGUAGUUGCCACUCCACCAUAAAUACCUACCUCCUCGUAUCCCUUCAUCGGUCCUGUUUUCUUCCCGAAUCUCUCCACUCCUGAGUAUUUUCUCGCAAAAAUCAGCCCAUUUGCGUAACAGUAUACUGCAGUUGUCCUACUCUAAAUAAGAAUGCCAAAUGCAGGUGUAAUACAAACCUCUCCAGAUGGCAGAGGCAUCUGAUUCCUCCCAUGAGCUUGAGGUGGAGACGAGUACCCCAAAAGACAGUGACUCCUCUUUGCUCAACAACAGCAACAAGAGAGAUCAAAAUGUCAAAAAAGAUGACUCUGGUAUAUCCAGUGAGAGAUUAGAAAAUUCAGAUGAUGAUGAAGGGAACAAGAAAUUAAAGUCAGAGGGGGAGAAAAAAAGUGGAGAGUCUUCAGGCAUCUCAAUUGUCAAGGGGAAGACCUGUCGCCUGAGAAACUACAGACCAAGGUACCCUGCGUGCAAGUAAUAAUGAAGAUAAAAAGUCUGACACAGCUUUGACACGGAGAAACAACGUGACCAUAACCUCAGCAUCAGAAAUGGAGGACACAAGCGCAGAUACAAGUCGUGACACUGAGACAGAUCACAUGGAGCCUACUAGUCCAUCAGCAAUGGAGACUGGAAGUGCUGCAAGUGGAAACACUGAGGAUGAUAACACAGAUGACUCUCCACCAAUGGAACGUCGCAUCGAGCGACGUUUCAGCAGCCAAAGAAUAUUUGGUGGACUUUUGUCAGACACUGAUUCUGACUCUGACGAUGGUGGGCGUCGUAGGGGUCUCCAGGAUGGCAUAGAGAAUGAAACACAGUGGAAGGACACAGAAGAAGCCAUUGCCAAAGAAAUGACAAGAAUUAAGGAACGGCCCAAACCAAAACACCAUUGGAAUUUUGUAGAUCAAGUUGUUCAGAGGCAGUUAGGCAGUCGAGCAAGGUACCAGUCCUCAGUGUUAUUUAGUCACCAUUACUAUGACUCACUCCAUGUACCUAAGCGCCUUGAACUCAUGUACAAGAUGGAGUUCCACAGGGGAUGUGUUAAUGCCCUAAGCUUCAAUGCAAGUGGCACCAGGCUUGCUAGUGGCUCUGAUGAUUUCCAGAUUGCCAUUUGGGAUUGGGCUCGAGAGAAAGCCAUAAUCACAUUCUACAGUGGACAUAGGAAUAAUGUGUUCCAGAGCAAGUUCCUACCACUGAGUGGUGACACACACAUUGUAUCCUGUGCAAGGGAUGGACAAGUUCGUUUGGCUGAACUAUCCUCCACUGGAGUGUGCAAGGCCACAAGAAAAUUGGCUAAGCAUCAUGGCCCAGCACAUAAGCUUGCCACCCUUCCUACCUCCCCACAUGUUGUUUUAUCUGCUGGAGAAGAUGCUGUUGUACUUAAUAUUGAUAUUCGUCAGGAACAGCCUAGCAGGGUGGCAUUUGUGAAGGACAUUUCUGGUAGCCGUGUAUCUCUCUACAGCAUCCAUGCUCAUCCAAUCAAUGAAAAUCAGUUUUGUGUUAGUGGGCACGAUCAAUAUGUUCGAGUAUAUGACCGACGUUGUGGGAAUGACUUCCCAACUUUGAAGUACUGUCCAAGACAUUUGUAUGAGGCUGUCCCGACACCAACAGUAACUUGUGCAGUUUACAGCGGUAAUGGGGACUCUAUACUGGCAUCAUACAAUGAUGAUGACAUUUAUCUGUUUGAUACGUCACGCACUGAAGCUGCAGAUGCAGUCCAUAGAUACUCCGGCCAUCGUAAUAGUGCUACAGUUAAGGGUGUGAAUUUCUUUGGUCCUGGAAGCCAGUACAUUGUAUCAGGGUCUGACUGUGGAAACAUAUUCUUCUGGCACCGUGAGACUGAGGCCAUUGUCCAGUGCAUGCCAGGAGAUGAGAAUGGAGUGGUUAAUGUGUUGGAGCCACAUCCUCACAUACCAGUGCUGGCUACAAGUGGCCUUGACGAUGAUGUUAAAAUUUGGGUACCAACGUGUGAGGAGGAUCCAGACCUACCCAACCUGGAUCAGACUCUCAAAUCCAAUUUAAGUAAGCGCCAUAAAGAACGUAACGAAGAAUUCACUGGACUUGAUUCCCAAAUGCUGAUGGUCCUUUGGCAUCACAUCCGACGGACAGAUCGCAGACGACGUAGG